GCGCGUGAGAAGCGUUCAAUUCCAUUUCACAUUUAGACCAUCACACUGAAAUGAUACAUGACCAAUAUUAAGGGCGCAACAAGACACCUACCAGUCCCUGUCUUCCUUAUAUACACAUCUGUGCGACAAUGUCACCAGCGGAGGAGCAACAAGCUGCCGCACGGCAUGCUAUUGACAAAUUUCGAAAGAAUGCCGGCGCAACGGUUAGCCAACAGCAAGCCGCAACGGCCAAGGACCGCCCGAUCCCAGAAGGAUUCUGCGUCAGUAAAGUCAAGAUACCGCCGCCUGAGGCCACUGACGCCCGCGCGCACUUUCUCGAAGCUGUCGCCAACUUAAGCACAGAUCAAGAGGCGUUCACGCUGCCAAAGUACGGCGAUUGGGAGGGUGAAUGGAUUGGUUCGACCCAGAAGCCUCAAGCGGCCCUCGACGAGCUUUCACAGAAAGACAAGUUUGACAUCAUUACCAGAGAACGUAAAAGUGAUGUGGUUAUUAUGCACGUGCACGGCGGAGCAUAUAUGUUUGGAAGUCCCAUCACUGCACGAUCCAUCACCCUGCCCCUGAGUGCCUUGACUGGUGGUAGAUGCUUCGCUGUGAGAUAUCGCUUAGCACCCCAAGUUCAAGCCUUGUCCCUACAACUUGAUAUUUUUAUGGCCUAUCUUUCCCUAUUGUAUCCUCCACCGGGAGCGUUUCACUCACCAAUAUCCCCUGAAUCUAUUGUCUUUGCUGGAGAUAGCUGCGGUGCGUCCAUGACUUUCUUCAUCAUUCAGUUAAUUCUAGAAUUGAGGAGAAAGCAAAAUACACAGCGUCCAACUGUUCGCUGGUACGGCCAGGUCGUCCAUGUUCCCCUACCGGCAGGUGCGACUGCUCUCAGCUUCGCCGGCGACCAUUUACUUUGCCUGCCUUCCUAUACCACGAACCUCCAAUAUGAUAUGAUGAACUCCGUACCACCAUACAGAAGCUCGACUGGUGUAGUUGAUGCUCUAUGGCCGUCCGACCCACCCCGAGGAGAUAUAUCGUGUGAGCUCUCCGCUAUGACUUCGAUCGUCUAUAAUCCAUAUCUUGCUGAUUCAUGGCGUGGAUCUCCACCAUUAUAUCUUGCCUGUGGAGAGGAAAGAUUGAGUGAUGGAUCAAAAUUGCUUGCCCAACAAGCCGCAGCAGAUGGCGUCAUCGUACGUUUCGAGGAGUAUGCCUGCAUGCCCCAUAGCUUCGCGGCAAUGUUACCCAAAUUGCCGCAAACGAAACGCUGCCUAGGCAGCUGGGCCAAGUUUAUUAUGGAUUGUGCUGGUAGGAAAAGCAUGCAAUCUGAGGCAGUUCGCGUGGAGAUCGGGAAUCUGCAAGAGUCCAAGCUAGACUUGUCCAAGCUUGUCAACUUUACUCGCAGUGAGGCUCUUGAUAUGAUGAAGGCUAAACGCCGCACACUCCGUCCCUGGACUGGACCAGAUAUAACGACAAAAUUAUGAGAAUAGUGGCUCCUAUCCCAGGGUAAAAGAGGACGGGACUAUGUCAGAGUUUGUGUCUCUCUGGGAUGGUAAUCAUCCAUUGGAGAUAUUGCUUAGUAUUUAUUCCGACGAUAAAUCACGGUCACGCAAUAUCAGGCUCUCCAAUCUAGAUAAAUUGACUUGCUAUACUAUGAAUUUGUACGGUAGCUCAGUUCAUCUACUUGAAUGUACUAACUUAAGACUGUUGCCUAAUCAUCACCUUGACACCGAUAUUGGCCGGG